ACUAGAUGCAGUUUUCGUUGAAAGUGGAGUGCGCUACUGUGCAGACGCCAUGUUGCUUUGUCUCAAGGGAAGCUUCAUUUCCGGUACCAAGAUGGCUACUGAAGCUACUACUGAGCAUGUGCAGAGCCAUCUUAGGACUGUGCGAGAGUGCCACAGUGGAAGACAGAAGCUUUUCCAGUAUCCUGAACAUCUAACUGAUACCUACAUAAACACACACCGGCUGGUGACUUGUGUGACACCCCGCUCUGCUCAAGCUUCUCUUUAAUUACCAGUGUUAACCACUGGAACCACUGGAUUGUUACUAUAUACCAUUGGUCCUGUAUGCACUGGAUUGUUACUAUAUGCCACUGAUCCUGUAUGCAAAUCAAUUUACCAAACCGUGUACGAAAGAGAGCCAGCACAGCCAGGACACAAACCACACUGCCAAGAGGUGCGGAUGCUGGUGAUGCAGGAACUUCAUCAUCGCACCACCCUCCACUAAGACGACCUUCACAGGGGUCUGCCAGUCUCCAGAAGAUGGUUAGCAAGAGACGGCAUCUUGAGGCGGUAUCUACACCCGCAUCCUCACCACCACAACGGCGCAUCUCCACUGUGUUGGCUCAGCCUCCAGAAGCCAUUUUGGCCAGUCCACAAAGCGAGGAAACACAAUCCCCUCAGCUGUCUGAUCCAGACAUCAUGCCCCAGGAUACCCAGCAGGAAACUGACUUGCAGCAAAUGUUCACACACCACCUGCAAGCGAUUGAUAAUAACCAGCCAACCACGCCAGCUGACAUAACUCAACCACCCCAAACAACCCACACACCCCAAUUGAGCCCAACACCACCCCAGCCACAAAUGGGACCAGAGUUUUGGUCCAGUUGGGCCACACAACAGGCACAAAACUAUGCCUGUCUCAACACACACAGCCAAUAUCUUGCCAGUCUGCCCCAUCAUCUACCUAGACUCAGUAGAAACUCAGGCAGACUGAUUGUGCAACUUGGCAGAGUGACCAAUACCAUGGAGCAGAUGAGAGCUGACAACAGCCAACUGAUAGCAAGUUUUCAGCGAAUAAUGGAUGAACAACACCGCCAUCAACAAGCCCCCAUUCAAAUUAUCCAAAAUAAUCAAUUAAUUACAGAAAGCCUGUCCCGAAUCAUCGCCAACAACACUGCCGCAACCACACAACUCACAGCAAGCCUCAACAACCUGAGCCAAAACAUAAAUGUGUUGGCAUCCCAGCAACAAAGCUCAAGCUCAGGGACAACCACACCUAGCCAGACCCCAGUUACCUCCCCAGUUAGACGAUCCAGCAGAACCCGGCCCAAUGUGCCAUCACAAUCCUCUGCACCCAGCAAAAAAACACCUAGGAAAUGAGCAAGCCUGCAUCAAAAUAUACAGUAUUUUCAAAUAUAUUUAAAGAUUAUCGAAUUGUGACAAACCAAAUUCAUGUG